AUGUUUUGGAGAUAUAACCUAAUUACUGGGUCUUGUAUUGAGACGCUGUUAGAUAAAGAGAAUGUGACCCUAAAGGAAUUGAUGGAAGAAGAAGACAUUCUUCAAGAAUGCAAUGCACAGACAAAGAAAUUGCUUGAUUUUCUUGUUCGUCCUGAUGUUUUGGAUGAAAUGGUGACAUUGAUCACUGAAGAGCCUAAGGAUGAGGGCGACGAGAGAUUACGCUACAGGCACGCCAAUCGAGCAUGUGAACUGUUGACAUUUGACAUCGCCCAGAUUAAUGAUGCAUUAGCUGGAAGUGAAGCUAUACUAGAAAAAUUCUAUGGAUUUUUAGACACAGACAAAGCGUUAAAUCCUCUCUUAGCUAGUUUUUUCAGCAAAACGUUGGGACUACUUAUAUCAAAGAAAACAGAUGAGAUUUUCAAGUUUUUGAAGGAAAGAGAUUUCAUUUCACUUAUUUUGAACCAUCUUGAUACUUCAGCUGUUAUGGAUUUACUUUUGCGUUUUGUUAGCCCGAUUGAAAAUAACGAAACGAAAGCAAUAGUACUGAAGUGGCUGGAUGAACAGAAGCUUAUUCAACGUCUAAUAAGAAAAAUAGAUGUUAUUUUUGGCGAAGAUUUUAACUGCAAUGCUUCAUAUGCUCUAUGUGAUAUAAUCAAAGUUUCCAGAGAACAUAUGUCCAUGUUACAGGAGAAAGCUGAACCAAAUCCUCUGCUGGAGACAUUAGAAUCAGUACAGUGUGUGUCGGAUUUAUUGAGUCACAUGUUCAGGGACGUCAGCAAAGAAAGUUCUAUUGUUAAUGGAAUAUUGGUUUUAUUAUCCUUAUUGAGGUUCAAAAAACUAGGGCCUGCCGGCAUGCAACAGAUACCAUCCAAUCAAAGUGAAUUACCACCCCAAGCUGACAAUGCUCCAGUGUGCUUUAUGACUCUGUUUAGAAAUAGUGAGAUUGAACAGAUGACAGCAUUAGAUGCUGAAAGGCUAUCUCAUGGUGUGAAUAAUGUUCUUAAAGCUGUCGUUCCUCGACUGGAUGAGUUUCAUAAUCUGCUUCUGAAUCCUCCUUCGAAACCUGCCAUUACAUUAACCAUUGGACGAUUAGAUCCACCUCUUGGUUUAUGUCGUUUAAAAGUUGCUCGUUUUCUGACAGCUCUGCUAUCUACAAAUGACCACAAUGUAAAUGCUAAACUUGCAUCUCUUGAAACGAUGAAAGUUCUUGUAGAUAUGUUUUUCAAAUUUUCAUGGAAUAACUUUUUACAUACACAAGUAGAACAAGCAAUAGGAAUAAUUAUUACAAACAAUCCAACUACUGAUGAAGAAGGUAAUAAAGUUCAUCCAUUAUUAGAUCAAGUGUUUGUCCAAUGUAGAAUAACCAUCAAGAUUUUAGAAAGCUUUGAAGAAGAUGAAACACAGUGUGCCCCUGGAAUGCCUAGGAAAAGUUAUAUGGGUCAUCUUACAAAAAUUGCUAAUCAUAUUGCUCAAAACGCAGAGAAUGGAAUAAAUAGUUCGUUAAUCAAGGAGAAAAUGAAAGAUCAGCAGUUAAGCGGAAUGAGCUGA